UCAAUUUUGUCAGCCUAUCUCCCCAGCAUUAUGUAUGGUUGGCUGUAAUCACAAGAUAAAUGCAAUGUGCUGAUCUAUGGUAAUGUUCAAUAAUACAUUCUCCGCCAGGCUCAAUUCAUCAGGGAGUUUCAGUAGGGGAGGUAUUUGUUAUUGGCUGUCUCUGCACCUCAAGGAUAACAUUUCUGUCCUUUUGAUUGGCUGCUUCGCUGCUGCAAGAUUCUAACCGUCUUAUUUUGAUGAUGAAUAUGAAGGCGCGCUAAGCCGGGCUGGAGCAGAGUGUUUCAGGCUGUGCUGGGUUCUGAGCCCAAGGACUUACAGCUUCCUCCGCUGCCUUCCUGUGCCAACAAUCCCCCAAAAGUUGUGAUGCUUUUCUUUACCCAGUGCUUUGGGGCUGUGUUGGAUCUCAUUCACCUCCGGUUUCAGCACUACAAGGCUAAACGGGUUUUCUCUGCUGCUGGGCAACUUGUCUGUGUGGUCAACCCCACGCACAACCUAAAGUAUGUGUCCAGUAGACGGGCCAUCACUCAGAACUCCACAGAGCAAGGUAGCUUCCACCCGAACCAUCUUCCCCACCGCCAUCGCCACCACUGUCACCACAGCCACCUGUGCCACCAUGCCCGUCCAGGCCACCUCCACCACCAGGAGGCAGGGAUGCACAGCGCUCAGGUGACACCCUGCCUGUGCCCACUCUUCUCCUGCCACUGGGAAGGCCACCUGGAGGUGGUGGUGCCUCAUCUGCGGCAGACCCACAGGAUCGACAUCCUGCAGGGAGCAGAGAUAGUCUUCCUGGCCACGGACAUGCACCUCCCAGCGCCAGCCGACUGGAUCAUCAUGCACUCCUGCCUGGGCCACCACUUCCUGCUGGUGCUCAGGAAACAGGAGCGGCAUGAAGGGCACCCUCAGUUCUUUGCUACCAUGAUGCUCAUUGGGACCCCCACCCAGGCCGACUGCUUCACCUAUCGCCUGGAGCUCAACAGAAACCACAGGCGUCUCAAAUGGGAGGCCACCCCGAGAUCCGUCCUGGAGUGUGUGGACUCCGUCAUCACUGAUGGGGACUGCCUGGUUCUCAACACCUCACUGGCCCAGCUCUUCUCUGACAAUGGCAGCCUCGCCAUUGGCAUCGCCAUCACUGCUACGGAGGUCGGCGCCACGGAUGCCGAGAUGUGAGACCAGGAGCCGCUGGGUACCCGCGCUGCCUGUGCACCUUGGACCUCCAGGUGCCUGGAC